UUUAUUACAAUAUUUAGGCUUAUUUUGUUAGAGGAGGAGAGUUCAGUGUUUUACCUAAACUUAGUGCUUCUCCCAGCCAAGGCCCUGCACACAGAUAAAUAAAUGUCAUUGUUUUUCAUUGAGGUCAGGGGGCCUCUGUAUGAAAGGACUGUUAAUAUUUCCUUGUUUGCUCAGUAAAAAGACACAAAACCACCACAAAGAGACAAAAAAUACCAUGAAAAGAGACUGAAAUGACUACAAAGAGAUGAAAAAAUACUACGAGGGAUGAAAAAUGACCUGAAAAAGAUGAAAUAUGACCAAAAAGAGAAAGAAAACAAACACAAAAUUACCAAAAAGAUGCUCAAAUUGAGCACCAAGCGACAAAAGAAGACACAAACAGCGCACAUGCAGUUGCAUUGAUUGUAGUUUUGUGUUUGUAGUUUUGUAGUUGUCCUGUGCCUGUACUUGUUUCAGCCCUUUAGUUUAGUAAAGGUAUGUAAUGUAUUUCCCUGAGUGUAAAAUAGACACAAACUUCCUCUGUUAAGAUGACUUCUCAUAUUUAUGUUUAUUUGGUGAAAUAUCUGUUAAUGCAUCAGGUGUUUUGUCAGUUAGUGCCAUCAGAAACUGCAAUAAUCUUUACUGCCACAAGGGGGCGUCAUUCAUCCAUCACUGGUCUUUAUCGCCAGCACUGACUGAUUUUUCUGUUUUCUCUGCCAAGCCUCUGUCUCCAUGGUAAAAUGACCACUGAGUGUUUGAGGUCAUCUCAGUGUAAAUGGUUUUAAAGGUUUUACACAGAGCUGUGGUGUUUGAGCUGAGAUGUGUGGGAUCGCCUGUCUUAAAGCUGCUGAAAUACACGCUCAUGUAAACUUUGGUGGGUGGUUAUCUCCUGAUAAUAAAAGGACAUAUGAGCCCAUUUCUUUUCCCAGACUCUCACAGAGUUGAGCACCCAGCUUUCCUCUGCUUAGCCCGCUACAGCAGAGAACAAUAACAACAAAAGAAUGGUGGAAAUAGCAUAAUAAUAUGCCCAUCAUGCCGUGUGGUAUUAUGCAGAUGAACUUAGCACAUGCCCGGGCAGCUUCACUGAGGACUUGAAUGGGGAGGAUUAGCACCAGAUGUUCAGUAGGACGCAGUGGCCAGCCAAUAGGGACGAAGGCCAUUUGGUCUGUGGGAGGAGCUCCGUCUCUGCCCUGCGCUCAAGAUUUAUUCUAACAGGUAGUUUAAAAACUAACCAGGUUAACAGCAGCAGCAGCAUCGAGGCAGUAACUAACCGAGCCGUUAAAACGCGAGGAGCGCGGUCUGCAGUCUGCACGAGGACGCUUCUUCACCAUCAUUUUGAUCAUCAGUUUGUUUUUCGGAUAAUGCCCGGACGCCGCUCUCCAGCAUGCUGAGCAGGAAGGGGUCUUGUGCGGGGAUGAUGAGCGCUGCGGCCGCGGUGGACCGCGGCAGGGUCGGGGAGAGGCUGCACGCGGCUCUGGCCGGGCUGCAGGAGCUGCAUCUGCUGAAGGACAGGCAGAGCGACAUGGUGAGCUGGGCCCUGAGGAUGGACCGAGAGGAGCCGGUCACCUCUGUGCACGCAGCCCCGGAGGGUCCCCGGGCGAUGGGGGCUGAGGAGCAGCGGCUGGAGGCGACCCUGACAGCCCUGAAGCAACAGCUGUCUCGUCUUCGGAAACAGGAUGUAGGCCUGAAGUCUCACUUGCAGCAGCUGGACCAACAGAUCAGUGAGCUGAAGCUGGAUGUAAGCAAGGCCUCCACAGAGCAGCUGGAGAGCGACAGCAGGCCAAGUUCAGGUUUUUAUGAGCUCAGCGACGGCGGCUCCUGCUCCCUGUCGAACUCCUGCACCUCCGUGUACAGCGAAUGUCUGUCGUCGUCCCAGACGAGCCUUCUCCUCCUUCCUAUGAGCCCCGCUAAUUCCCACGUUAGCCCUCCACCACAAGUCGACGUCUGCCGCCGACGCUCUGCUGAUGAGAGCACCACCCAGCCCAACCCGCCGCGGGCCACAGGCCUCCAUCUGGGCAGCAGCAGGAUCCGAGCGAGCACUGCAGGCACCGAACAGGCACGACCGAGACCUGUGUCAACAGGUGAUCUUGAUAGGAUGUUGGCUCAAGGACCAAACUAUUACAAAUCUGUGGAUGCGAAGAAACCCCCAAUGUGUCCAAAUGUGAAGACCUCCGCAGUGGACCCCAAGUUUCAGAGCAACCUGGUGUCCCGCAGUGGCACUGAAGUGUACCACUACCCCAGCCCCCUGCAUGCUGUGGCUCUGCAGAGCCCGAUAUUUUCCAACGGAGGCACCCCAGCCACACCUGGACUUCUAGAGGGGCAAGGGCCCCCAGCCCUUCAGAGGGCACAGAUGGGUUAUGAGACCAAGACCCUGGGUUACAUUGACAAGCUCCUGCAGCGCAGCUUCAGCAAAAUCCAGAGUGAAACAGGAACAGAGACUGUGCAGACCCACAGCGACUACCACAGGAAGCCCACGGAGGUCGUAACUGUGCCUCCUGAAGUGUCUCAGAAAGAGGUGUGUGUGCUGCAGCCUCUCCCAGCUCAGACCACAAACAUCAACCCACUUGAUAGCGACCAGAGGAGACACUGCAUGACAUACUCCAGCCAGGAACCAGCUGAUAACACAGACCACAAACACUCAGUGAGAUCUCAGGAGGUUUCAUACCGGUACUCCUAUCCUGUUGCAAUGAGGGAGUACAGCUCUGAUGAGGUCACCACUUCAUCCCUCAGGAAGAACGAGAAGCUCCAAGGAGAAUAUGCAAGUAUAGGGAGAAGCCACUCAGAGAAGAGAUGUGGCGAUAAUCCAGAGUCGAGAUCACAAGAGAGGAAAGGCCAUAGACAAAGACCGGUGAUGGCCCACAGCUCCAGCACAGAGGAGAGUCAAGGGUUUGAGGUUCAUGCUGGUCACACGACUUCCCCCGAGUUCGUUCAUGCCAAAUUCGUCCCUGCUGGAUCUCAGAGGGUCAAGGUGAGACAGGCAGACCGUAAAACCAAAGCCGUGAAGCUGAGAAGAAAAAGCAGCGAUAAGCCUCGAGCACUGAGGCAGCAGCACGGAUACUCCUCUGGUGAAAGGACCAGAGAGGCCAGUGCUGGAACCAAGGGGGAGCAGAGAAGGUCUGGAAAGGGGAAAGUGACCCAGAAAUUUACCAGCUGUCACACAGAGGAGCGCAGACAGGGCUCAGGCUCAGACUCCAGCCACUGUAGCCCAGGAGUCAUGUACACCCACAAGGUCCACCCUAAGCCACAUCCCGUCCCUGCUGCUACAAAGUCCAGCAAAAGCCGAAGACUGCAGAGCGGGGACUACGAGCAGCCUGUAGAGCAGAGGAAGAGGAGGCAGGGGGCUGCCAAGUGGCCGUCCGAUGCAGAGAUGUUCCAGGCCUCAAGUGCUCAGCGUCAGAGGUCAAGAGAGUCACUGGGGAGCAUGCAGAUGGUCCGCAGUGUGAGUGCCAAGCCGGGCCAGUGGAUCGGACCUCCUCGCCCCUUCCAAUCCUCCAUGUCCUCUCACUCCUUCCUCUACAGUCUGAAUGCCAGAUACCCUCCAGCACCUUUCCACGUGUCCAGCAUCUACCCGCCCCGAUGUGAGUCGGAGUAUUCAGCUGAAUGCGCCUCCCUGUUCCACUCCACCAUUGCCGAGAGCAGCGAGGGCGAGAUGAGCGAUAACACCACCAACCGCUUCGGAGAUAGCGAGUCCAGCCAGAGCUUCCAGUCCUUCUCGGACUCUGACAGCAGCCUGUCCCUGGACGAGGAGGACCAGGUGGACAGCCACGAGGAGGAGGGAGGUCUGGUGUGGGCUGAGGCCGCUAUGGGGCCCACCGCUGCCGGAAGACCCCUGCAGCAGCUCCCACGCCCGGAGCCGUCAGCCUGCCGCAUCAAAGCCUCCCGAGCCCUGAAGAAGAAGAUUCGUCGGUUCCAGCCUGCCUCCCUGAAGGUCAUGACCCUGGUGUAGUGACGUUCCCCCAGGCUGAAAGGAAACCGUCCAGUCUCACCUGGUCUGUUAGCACAGCACCCGUAAUCAUCACUGAGAAGCAGCCAUUAAACUGGACUGCAUGUGUGCACUGAUUGUUUUGUUUAAACAAAAAAAAAAUUGUUAAGAAUUUACACUGAUUGAACCAGAGAAUGGUGUACAAAAUGGUGCAUUGUAUAAAAGCAUGUAUAACACAAUUACUACACUUACACUUAAUUUGUAAAUAUUUAUGUUGUAAUGAAAGUUUCUCACGGCAUAUGGCUGCAUUUGACAUUUCUGUCAUAUAAUUGUUUCUAUCUGAGAAAUAAAACCAAUCUUUUUACAUUUCUAA